AUGGAAUACAAAGUGAAAACCACAACAUCUUCUCCACCAAUCCCAAUCCAUGUUCCCACUAUGCUCUCAAACUCUCCUCCAUCUUCAUCUUCUUCCCCUCCUUCACAUUCUCCAACACCUUUCCCUUCACCCUCUCAGGGUUCUCCUUCUGCUGCUCCACCCUCCCCUCCUCCUCCACCACCACCAGUGGUGGUUAGCCCUUGUGCUGCUUGCAAGAUCCUUCGCCGCAGGUGUGUGGAAAAGUGUGUCUUGGCUCCUUAUUUUCCUCCCACUGAUCCACUCAAGUUCACCAUUGCCCAUAGAGUCUUUGGUGCAAGCAACAUCAUCAAAUUUUUGCAGGAAUUGCCAGAAUCUCAGAGAGCAGAUGCUGUGAGCAGCAUGGUUUAUGAAGCAAAUGCUAGGAUCAGAGACCCAGUUUAUGGUUGUGCAGGUGCAAUAUGUCAACUUCAGAAGCAAGUUAGCGAGCUACAAGCACAGCUGGCUAAAGCACAGGCUGAGCUAGUCAACAUGCAGUGCCAACAAGCUAAUUUAGUGGCACUAAUUUGCAUGGAAAUGAGUCAAUCACAGGAUCAGCACAUGCCUCAGCCUCAACCUCACGUUGAUAUGAGCUGCUUCUUAGAGGACAACAGUUUUGGCUCGGCUUGGGAGCCACUUUGGACAUGA